AUGUCGAAAGUCAUCCCCGUCCUGGUCCAGACGUUGAAAGCACGUUUCGCAAACUACGAUGACGCGAUCUAUUCGAAGACGAGAUGGUUAAACCCAGAACUGUGGUGCAGUGAAAGGGAGUACGGGAUCGAAGACAUCACCGCGAUGGCAGCUCAUUUCGCCAAACCAUUGGAGCACGCAUCUUUCAACUUGGCAUCUGCUUUAAAAGAGUGGCAUAGUUUCAAAAUAUACGUCAGGAGCCACUACCCUAAAUUGCCUGACCCGAAGUGUUUAUGGAAGUCAGUGCUUUCCAUUCGUCGCGAAGAAUUUCCUAAUCUUUGCAAACUCGCGAGCCUUGCAAUUUGCAUUUCUGGUUCCAACUCCACAGCCGAGCGUACGUUCAGCGUUCUUACGAACAUUCUGUCCGACAAGCAUUUGUCGAUGCGCCAUUCUACACUCGACGACUCUCUGAUUGUUUACGGCAAUGACGGCUUGUGGAGUGUCAAGGAAAAAGAAGAAUCAUUGACCGCGCAGUACAGAUCUACCUUAAAACAAACAACAGGCGAAAGAAAGUUGGUCAACCAGCGAAAAGACAGAAACUUGACGAGGAAAUUGCCGGUGAUAAACCACAAGAGUUGGCUGACCCUUUGGUUGUUGAUGAUGACAGUGAUACUGACAGCGACGCAUCUUUCUCAGACGAAGAAUUUUCACUUUCAGAAUCCGACAGUGACUGAACGCAUUGAGUUUAAUGCGUGA